CCAGAGACAUUGUCCGACAUCUCGCGCGUUCUUCGAUCGAAAAACGCGGGUCCCUACGAGAUCACCAUGGAUGUCAUGUUUGAAUCCAAAUCCGUUUUUGACGCAGUCAAAGUCUCCAGUUUGUUAUCUGCGGAACACGUGGCUGAUGCUUUGGGGAUUGGCCUAGAGGACAUUAUUUGGCCGGGCUUUUUUGCCCCUGCGCUUGCAUUUAAGGUGACGAUACCACGCUUCAGGGGUGGGAAGAAGACUUCUGCAGGGAGCUUCAUGAAGAGCGAUAUUCACGGAUCGCAGCAGCAUCUGGGACUUUCGAUUAUGAAGUUGCCUCCUGGACUUUUAUCGUAA